AUGUGUGCAUUGGGCGACACGAAGCUCAUCUGUUACGGUGGCAUGUCCCCUGCAAAUCCAGUAUCUUCUCAAGCGCAAGCCAACGGCAUAGAUUUGCAACCUGAGAUGAUCGUCAUGUCAGACAUCCACGUGUUUGACGCUCCUACACGAAGGUGGACGUCAAUAGCCACGGCAAACACACCGCAAGGACGAUACGCACAUUGUGCUGCCGUACUUCCAUCGUCGGCCACUUUCACUUCCGCAAACGCCCCUCUCUCUGCCAUACAUCACAACCCACCAUCUGCGACCCCGAACCAAGGUAGCUUAGGUGUGGCAUUGGACGGAACAGGAGGAGCAGAGAUGGUCGUUGUAGGAGGUCAAGAUAGUGCCAAUACUUAUAUUGAACAAAUUAGUGUCUUCAACCUGCGAAGUCUCAAAUGGACUGCGACAUCUUCUCUUGGUAGAAGUUGUGGUGCAUACCGAAGCGUGGUUGCUCCUCUCACCAGCAUACCAGCCUCGAAAAUUGGGAAAGGUUUAGAUCAAGGAGUAGAGGUAGAUGGAGCUGCGAGGAAGUCAGAUAGAGCGGAGUCGGACUCAUCGAUGUUGAUAUACUCUAAUUACAACUUUUUGGACGUCAAGCUGGAAUUGCAAGUUCGACUGGCAGACGGGUCACUUGUUGAGAAGCCAAUGAGUGGACAAUUUUCCCCGCCAGGACUGAGAUUUCCAAACGGCGGGGUGCUGGAUAAUCACUUCGUCGUUAGUGGGACGUAUCUAACUUCGUCCAAGCAAGAGUAUGCUCUUUGGGCUCUUGAUCUGAAGACCUUGACAUGGAGCCGCAUCGACGCUGGUGGAGGCGUCUUCAGUCAAGGAAGCUGGAAUAGAGGCGUUCUUUGGCCACGGCGGAAUACAUUUGUGAUCCUAGGUAAUCGGAAACGCAGCUUAGUAGAGGACUACAACCACCGUCGAAUCAAUUUCUCGCAUCUUUGCAUGGUUGAGCUUGAAGCGUUUGGCCUCUAUGAUAACCCGCGGCGAGCAUGGCCGACAUCCAAUUUUCCAUCCAUCAGCGCCCCCGUGCUCCCUCCAUCCGUCGUCUUGAAGAACGUGGCACCCGCUGGCCGUCCACUUCCCGGCGCUGCGGUGGACCUCGGCCUUAUGGCCAUGAACCUUCGAGACCUGGCUGACAUGGAUCUGAUUGCCAUCGGACAGGAGCGUAUACCCGUGAACUCCUACCUCCUUGCACACCGAUGGGGUCCGUUUUUUGUUCAUCUUCUACGUGAAAGUUCAGGCACGACAUCCUCAUCAUCCCAAAACGACGCUUCCUCCUCCUCAGACGGUGGCACUCUGCGUCCAAGCAAUCUGAACCCAGCCUCGGUCACCUCUCGCAACUCAUCCGUUACCAUAACACCUAGCGUAACAACUGCAGCCUCUGCUGCGCCUUCUAGCCUCACUGCCAAUUCAAAUUCAUCCACCAACAAUAGAUCUUUGGACCCACCCAAACCAGAAGCCCUCCCCCCCUGUUCUCGGCCUCGGCAGCUCUACCUGCCACAUACUCUCCUCACUCUCCGUUCUCUUGUCCACUAUCUUUACACCUCAACCCUUCCUGGGCCGAAUCAUCCUUUGUGCACUCCUCAAAUUCUCUGCUCCUUACUACAGCUAGCACGACCUUAUCGUGUUGAAGGCCUUCUUGAAGCCACAGUUGAGCGCCUCCACCAGAUCCUCGAUGGCCGCAAUGCAGCCGCCGUUUUCAACGCGGCAGCCAUGGCGGCAGGAGGUGGCCGUGGCACUGGCGCGGCCUUCAGCAAGGAGGGCGAAGCAGAGAAUGAAGAAAUUGCACAAGGAGGCUUGACCAUAACGCGACUCCGAGGCAGCCACCGGGCGAGAACCCGAUCGAAUGAUCACAGCGAGAGCGAAGAUACUGGGAGUGAGAUCAGUAGGAGCGAAAUAAGUAGCAGUGCCGCGAGCGAAAGUGAGAGUGAUGUAGGAGGAAAUACCCAUGGAAGGAGAGUGGCGGUUGGGGCAGAAGAAGUAUGGGCAGGGGGAAUCAGCUGCGUUGUUGGCCUACAGAAGCGAGGUUUGAGGGGUCUGAUGGAAGGCAGGAGGGCGAGGGAGAGGGGACAGACCUUCGGUAAGGGCGGUGUCCUGGGAAUCAACGGAGCCGUGAAUGGUAACGACGUCGGGUUAGGCAUAGUGUAG